CCAUAUUUUGUAUGCAACCACAAGCCCACCCGAGGCAGGGUAAGGGGUUGAGAGUAACACCCACUUUUGUUGUUGUACAGUAGUGACAAGUCUUUUGUCAGCUUUUCAAACUGGUUGUACUGAUGAUCUAGCGUUUCGAUCAGACAUCCACUUCAUCGCCCUCUUGUCCAGGAUUUCCACAAAUUUUUUCACUCGCACUGACAGUAGACCAUGGCUGCAACCACCCCUGCUCUAAGUGCUUUUGUUGGUUCAAGUGAGAAUUCAUCUCUAGAAGUCUUAAUAAGCUCUACUACAGAAAGCAUGUUCAGUAACUUCACAGAUAACAGCUACAGCUACAGCUACGGCUACGACUACGACUACCCUGGCAAUGACAAGGAUUACAGCAGUUGUGAUUAUGAGCGCCAUGGGGCUACUUUUCUUCCAGUGCUCUACUCCAUAUUCUUCUCCCUCGGCCUUAUGGGAAACUCUCUGGUCAUGUGGGUCAUUGUAUGCGGGGUGCGGCUCCGCAGCAUGACUGACGUGUGCCUCCUGAACCUGGCCGUCGCUGAUCUUCUGUUGGUUUGCACUCUUCCUUUCCUCGCCCACCAAGCACGGGACCAGUGGCUGUUUGGGGAUACAAUGUGCAAAUUGGUCCUGGGUAUUUAUCACAUUGCUUUCUACUGUGGGAUCUUUUUCAUCAGUCUAAUGAGCAUUGAUCGGUACUUGGCGAUAGUGCACGCUGUGUACGCUAUCAGAGCACGAACAAGGUCUUUUGGAAUAAUCGCAGCUGCUGCUGCAUGGCUGGCUGGAUUUUUGGCAUCUGCCUCUGAUGUCAUCUUCCUAAAACAGCAGGGUGAUAACUCAACUCAGUCCUGUUACCCUGACUAUCCCACUGAUGAUUCCAGUUCAAACACCCAUCACUUCUGGAGGGUGUUCAACCUUCUGAAAAUGAACAUUGUGGGUUUAUUAGUCCCAAUUGUGAUCAUGGGUUUCUGCUACUCUCAGAUCAUCUGGAGGCUUCUGUUCUCACAGUCGUCAAAGAAGCAGGCAAUCCGUUUAGUUAUCAUAGUGGUGAUUGCUUUCUUCUGCUGCUGGGUGCCCUACAAUGUCGUAUCGUUAUUCAAGGCACUCGAGCUGUUGCACAUCUAUACAGGAUGUGAGAGCAGCAAAGCCAUCAGGUUAGCUUUACAGAUCACUGAAGCUGUCGCCUACUCCCACAGCUGCCUCAACCCAGUUCUGUAUGUGUUUGUUGGACAGAAGUUCAGGAGACAGCUGCUGAGGUUGAUAAACAGGGCACCAGGCAGACUGUGUCAAGCCAUCAAGGUGUUCCUGCCUCAGGAGAGGAUCAAUGGCUCUGCAUACUCACAAACCACCAGCAUUGAUGAGAGGAGCACAGCUGUGUGAAUUGCGUACAUGUGGUGAAGGUGGUUUUUGUGUUGAUGUUGUUUCUGUGUGGACGUUCCCACAAUGAGGACAAAAGAGCAAUUAUCUUUCACAGUUUAACAUUUCUUAGGGUUUAAAUCUGUUUGAUAAGCUUAGCAUUAGGGAGGGAGUGAUAAUAAUGUAGCCAUUAAUAUAUCUUUAUAGAGAGCAGUACUGUAGCUGAAUCCCCAGGAAUCAGGUCAUGUCUGAGUCCCUAUUAUUAUUGUUAUGAUUAUUAUUGGUUACAGGGAGGACAGCUGUUUAAAUUCAAAGUGUCCCUGCAUGAACCUUGACUGACUGUGUGGGACCUUUUUGAUGUGUAGAAAACAAGUUAUAUACAAAAACAUUAGAUUCUGACUGAUCCUAUCCGUAUGUCUGGAGAUUGAAGUCAUCAAGGAAAUUACAGAGCUGUGUGUCAUGCACAAAUACACAGCGCUUUACAUGACAGGGAGACCCGCUCGUGCCUUCUGCUGCGAUAGGAUCACUGCUGGUUUCUAAUAAUCUCAAAAAUACCAACAAACCAUCUGCUGUUAAUCAGAAAUGUAACAAUCCAGCUGUGGAUUGGUUGAGUCACUUCAGAGGCUAACAUUAAGUUAGCUAGCACAACAGUGUCAGUUAGCAUCUCACUUACUUUUCUGGGUGCAUCCUGUGCUGAUGUAUGUUAGAGUCAAAGUUGUCUCUGACUUCUCCUCAGUGGUGCUUAUACAUAUCAAACAUGUUGCCAUUCUCUAGCUUACACUUGCUGUAAAAUCUUUGAAAGCAUGUUUUUGUGGCAUCUGUUAGAGCAGGGGUUCCCAAACUUUUCACCCCGUGACCCCCAAAGUAUAGGCGCCAAAGACCCGGGACCCCCACUGUCCCUCAAAGUGAUUUAAUGUGACUUCAUUUAGCUGGUCUGCUGAAAAUUAGCCUACCUAUAUGAGCAUGUGUCUGUGUUUCAUGUGCCGUUAUGAAUGAAUCUACUGUUACUGAUGCUUUAGAUAAUUAACUGUUCACUAACCCUAAACUUAGGAGUCAUCUGGCAACAAAGAAAGGAAGAAAACUCAUUACAUUUUCUAUUUUCAAGGUUUUAUUUCAAUUUUAGCGACUAUUUUUGUUUAUAUUUUUACAAAAAUGGAUAAGAUUUGCUAUUUUUAGAUAACUUUUGUCAUCCAACUUUUUUUAUUACAUUUUUCCAGUAUUUCUUCUUUCACCACAAAUUGAACAAAUUAUACAUAAGUAACACAAAACUAACAAACAAAAGAAAAAAUAAAUAAAUACAAAUAAAUACAAAAAUAAUAAUAAUAAUUAAGAAAUACUAAUAAUUAAUGGUAAAAGUCCAUGAAUCCUGAAACUUAAGUGGGACUCGAGUCUAAGCCUUGGACUUGAGUAUUGCAACAGUGAUAGAGAGUUAAAUGUCAGUUUCUUAGAUAUAUAAAGAUUUAUAUACACAAGCCAGGUCUUAGGUCUCCUGUUGUUGUAUUGGAGUCACCUUCAAGCAAAUACAAUGCACUGUAUGCUUUAAAAAAUAUAUUUUUAUUUUUACAUCAAGUUCUAUAUGAUGCAUAAAGGUGUAAAUCACACCUGUAUUAUAUGUGUAGUUCUAGAUACUUGAAAUGUAUUUGAAUUUCAGAUGAAAGAGAUCUAAACCCGCUGCCGGAAGAAGCUCAGUACGAAACUGUGUCAGCGGAAUCAGCUGCCAACAGCAACACCUCAGUGACUGCAGAAAUAACCUGCUGUCAAAGGAAACAACAGUAAUACUGCAACUGGAUGAAGGUGCACCGUUUUGCAUCAAAUAGGCUAAAACAUCUAUUUUUUUCAACUCUUACUCACACAUAUUAACCACUUUCACACUGCUUCACUUUAAAGUGUAACAAUUUGUCCAUGGUGCAGCUCACAGCCUAUAUGGUUCACAGUGUGUUUUAGCAGAUUUGCAGCCAACCUCAACCUAAAGGAAACCACAGCCCGAAAGCGGAAGAGUAUAACUGAGUUUAAUCUUUGCAGAUCUGUACGCAUGUGAGCAUUUCAUUGUCAAACUGUACUUUUGUCAUCUUUUCUACUGAUUGCACUUAUGAAAAGAAGAGACUAGGGGGUUGUUCCUAUGUCUGUUUUUUUUACAGAGGGUUUCUGUCAGAGCUGCAUGGAAGCUUGUGGUGUUGUGGCAUGGUGUCGGCUCAGGUGCAAACUGUUGGCUGCAGUAGCAUGCUGCACCUAUCAGAGAGACAGAGACGAUGGUAAAAUAAGAACUUUAUGUGAAGGCUGUGUGGUCAUUUAAUGAUGUAAUCCAUAGCCACAGUCUCAUGUUAAAGAGCAUUUGUUGAUGAUGCACAGAUUUGUAAAUAUUGUUAGGGUUUUACAAAUAUUAAAGCUCCUGUGAAGAAAUUUAGCAGGUUAUGAAGUAAACUAUGCUUUCCUGUGGUGCUUUAGUAUAGCCUAAAAAAGAAAACUGAACCAUUUGCAACAAGACUCAAAAUCCCUACAGUGUAUUUUUUUAUGCCUGUAACCACUAUGAGGGGGUAGGUGUCAGGCCAGUUGCUUGAAUGAAGAAACAGCCUUUUUGACAUAUUUUUUAUUGACAGUUGAGUGAUAUAUUUGACAGUAAAAUAAAGAGCACAGAGGAUUUUUUUUUUUUUUAAAAGAAGCACUUCUAAAACAUGUACAUGACAAAACCAACAAAGAAUUAAGAAGUAUCACUUUGUCCAAAGUGGGACAUAGGGUUCCUUAGUGGAGCUUUAAGGUCAAAACAAUAAAUGAUUUUUGGAAGACCUUAAGAGAGACUGCUUUGAAGAAAGAUGUAUAUUUAUCAUUUAUAUGAUGUAUCAGAUAUGAAUGUAUUACAGUGAGAUGUUCAUUGUACAUUGUUAUUUUUUUAUGUAUUUUUCUAUUGUUUGUAUUUUGAUAAUUUUCAGAGCUUUUUUAUACAUGAUUAAUUUUAGGAUGUCAAAGAUGGGCAGUGAUUCUGUUGUAGCCUCAUGACAUCCUGUUAUUGGGACAUCUUGUUUUUUUGUCUUAAUUAAAAUCCUUAAACAAA